AUGUAUAUGGAAGCAAGCCAAGUUGCCAAUGAUGCAGUUGGGAGUAUAAGAACUGUUGCUUCUUUCUGUGCUGAAGAGAAGGUGAUGAAUCUAUACAGAAGCAAAUGUGAAGGCCCAAGGAAGGCAGGGAUAAAGCAAGGCUUGAUCACUGGAACAGGAUAUGGGACAUCUUUUGGCUUGUUGUUUCUUGCCUAUGCUACCUUUUUCUAUGCAAGAGCUCAACUGGUUGAGGCAGGGAAAGCAACAUCCUCAGAUGUUUUCCAAGUUUUCUUUGCUUUGACCAUGGUAGCCACGGGAGUUUCUCAAACAAGUUCCAUGGGUCCAGAUACUGGCAAAGCCAAGAAUGCUGUUUCUUCCAUAUUUGCAAUAAUAGACCAGCAAUCGAAGAUAGAUGCAAGUGAUGAGUCUGGUAUAACUUUAGACAAUUUCAAAGGAGGAAUUGAGUUUCGUCAUGUAAGCUUUAAGUAUCCAUGCAGGCCAGAUGUUCAGAUUUUCCAUGACCUCAGCUUGACUAUCCAUUCUAACAAGACAGUUGCCUUGGUUGGAGAAAGUGGGAGUGGGAAAUCCAUAGUCAUCUCAUUGCUGCAAAGGCCAAAUAAGGAAGAAAAGUUGAUCCGAGCUUCUUCGGUGGCCGUCUUCCUGCACGGUUCGGCCCACCGGGAGAAUCCUCACCCGCUAAUCUUGGGGCUGUUAGGAAAUAUGUUUUGA